AAUCCACAUUACCACCCAAACCUACCAUGACCUUGUGAGAACCCAUCCCUGACUACUAAGCCUUCUGCUCUGCUCUUCCUCUCCAAAGACGCUCUCAUGGCGAAUACCAAUCUUACCGAUCAAGAGAGACGCAUUCGCAUUGAUGAAUUGUACAAAGCUUUGACGGAAAAAAAUGAGUAUGUGGGCCAAGUCUUGGGUAGUGUUCCUCCUGAACACCCAUUGAAGAAAAUUAGUUAUAUUUACGACAACACAUUCCUGCAUAUGGCCAUUCGCUUCAAAGAAAAGGAUCUGGUAUACGAGUUACUAAAGUUGGCUAAAGAAGACAACCGUACUGUACUUUCCAAUGAAAGAAACAACGAAGGCAACACUGUACUCCACGAAGUGGCCACCAGUGAUACCAUGAAAUAUGUGGCGAAAAAGAUGUUGGAGAUAGAUCAACAGUUGCUGUUUGAACGUAACAACUUAGGAGAGACGCCCAUUUUUUGUGCAGCUCGCUAUGGUCAAAUUGAAAUGUUUUGGUUUCUAGCUGAGCAACUGAAACAAAGGGCCAAUCCAGAAGUUGCUGAAAGCUGUUUGAAGAGGACUGAUAGAACAACAGUUCUUCACAUUUCCAUCUUCAACGAGUGUUUUGGUUUAGCCUAUUUCAUUGCGAAGGGAUACCCAGAUUUAAUUAAAGAAAGGGAUCAAGACUCAAUGACUGCUCUUCAAUAUAUGGCAUGCAAUCCAAAUGCAUUUGAAAUGCAAAAAAUGAAAAAGAGACCAGAAUUCAUGGAGGCUUUCAUAAAAUCAGAAAAGAGACCAGCAGAAAAGAGAGCAGAAUUCAUGGAGAAUAUCAUAAACCAGUUACAGGAAUUCAUAGAUGAGAUAAGUGAAGUGAUACAGGACCUCAUCAACCCCGAUUGGUCCCUCAAAGAGACAGUGAAGAAACGUUAUGAAAGAUACUUUCUUAACGAACUUGUCCGUCUUCUGGUAAAAUAUGAUACUUCAUGGGAUGCUAGUAUUAAUUCCAGUAUUGAUGUCCAAAACCAAGUAGAAAAGGCCCCUGAAUUGUCCCAAGCGCUUGAGCAUACCGAGAAGAAGAGUGAUGAAGAUCCAUUAUUUUUGGCAACAAUAUCGAACAUUCCAGAGAUUGUCGAAGAAAUAAUCAUCAACCACCCUCAAGCGCUUGAGUAUACUAAUAAGGAGGGAAUGAAUAUAUUACAUGUGGCAAUCCUUUACUGUCAUAUUGAUAUUUUCGAUAUGGUGACAGAAAAGUUUGAAGCACUUUCAAAAAUGUUAUUAUCAGCUACAGAUAAUAAAGAAAACUCCUUACUACAUAUGGUUGGCCAAAAAAGAAAAGGUCAAGUAAGUGAAAAGAUACAAAGCCCUACACUCCAAUUGCGAAAAGAGUUGUUGCUAUUUGAGAAAGUGAAGAAAGCUUGUCAGAAGUGUUUGAUCAAGCCUCUCAACAAAGAGAACAAGACUGCUGAAGAAUUAUUUGCUACUAGGAAUGAGCAACUCCAUAAAGAAGCCAAGGAAUGGCUAAUGCGCACCACUGAGAAUUGCACCAUUCUUUCUGUUUUCAUAGCCACAGUUGCCUUUGCAGCAGCCUACACGGUACCAGGAGGUCCUGAUCAAAGCACCGGUAUUCCAAUCCUUAACUGCAAACCCUUCUUUGUGGUUUUCAUUUUAGCUGAUGUGUUCUCCCUCACUUUGGCUUUGACAUCUGUGGGUAUAUUUCUCUCCAUCCUUACAUCCUCAUUCCCAUUAGAACACUUUGAGAAAUAUCUUUUUAAGAAGCUGAUACAGGGAAUUAUAUGUAUGAUCCUCUCGGUCUCAAUGAUGGCGGUGGCAUUUGGAGCAACAAUCAUCCUGAUAAUGAAACAUAAUUGGAAAGAGGCUAUUUGGCAUGUUGUUGCAUUCCUUCCUGUGCCCAUUUUUUUCCUCUCAUAUUCGCCUCUACGUUCAGCAGUCCCAACAUUCCAUCCUGGGAAUUGACAUCAGAAAAUUGAUCAAAAUAGUUGUAAAAUCCAUCAAAGUUGCUGCUCUUGUGACUCUAAUAAUCCUUUUUGGCCUCAUUUUUCUUUUGUCUAAAGCUUGCAUAGGACUGAAAAGGACUGCGUCAAAGGCUUGUGAAGACAUAUGUAAACGUGUUCCUUCGAUAUGUGGGAAAAAAUCUCAGCCCACAUCCAAUGCCCAGUCUCCUCAGCAAACUGCAGCUUCAGAUACUGAUGUUUGAAAGGACAAACAGAAACUCUUUUCAGAGCACGUGCAUGGAUGAAUUGUCUUCUCCUUUUCUAUAUAUUUCCAAGUAGUAAUAAUUACAUGUCUGUGUAAAGUUAAUUAGCAUAUUGAGAACGUAGUAUCAGUUGAUGACUCAUUAUAAUGCAUGCAUGUAUGUUUUGAAUUUUAAUUUUUAGAGACUGUUAUUAUGUAUUUAACUACAUAAUUUUAUUACUUGUUUUUAGUA